UUAUAUGUUGCCGAAAUUGAGUCACUGUGAGGUCUCGACUUUGGAAAAGAACGUCAAAGAUAUCACCUUAGUGUCGUCGCUGACCGUAUCACUGUUGCUAUUGCAGUCAUGUCUGAUCUAGAUCAGCAAGAAGGGACUGCGUCUGGGCAUUCAACGCCUGCACACCCAGCUUCACCAACUCCCGAAGGUCCCCUCGAACAGUCCGGGGAUGAAGAAUCCUCACCCAGCCGAAGUCCUGAGCCUGAAGAGACACUCCCUGACGCUUCUCACCCCGAGCAAGGGGGCGCUGACGUAGUGGAUGUUGCAGAGGAUUCUAAUUGCAUUGAAUCUCAGCAAGAAGGUACUAUUGAACCUUCUUCUGUCGCUCCUACCGAGAAACCGGCAAAGCCAAAAUCCAAAGCCAGACCUCGUUCUCCAACGCCUCCGCCUCCACCUCAGCCAGCACCCAUCACGAUUCGACUCGACAUUCCUUUGGGAGGUCCAUCCAACUAUGCUGUCAAUAUUCUUGAAUGCGCAAAGGAAGCAGGACAACACCCCCCUACCCCGCCGCCAAGAAGACGCGACAGCGUCUCUGGAAGUGAGGACGAUGAUGACGAUGAUGAAAAGUCCAAGGGAGGACAGGCGAACGACACAGCUUCGAAAUUAAACAUCCCCGUCAAGCCGAGGCGUAGGAGACGACGGGCCGACCCAGAAAAUGAAUAUUACGACCUGAACGACCCUUUCAUUGAUGAUUCGGAUUUAGGUGUUGAUGCUCCAACCCACUUCGCUCAAACCAAACAGAAAGGAUUUUACGUCAAUAGUGGUGAUGUUACACUUGUUCUUGAUAGUGAAUCGAAACUGGGCAGAAAACGGAAAGCUGGUUCAGCUUCGACUACCUCAAAAUUGCCAUCAUUCCUUACCGCAGCGCGACCCGGAUUUAAUUCAUCUCGCUCCACUCUACACGGACUGGCAUCCAAACCUGAGAGCGCGUUGCAACCCCCAGAUGUCCUACCCUUUCAACUACCUGAGUUUCCAAGCCGGGACUCGGCAGCACAAGCUGACGACUCAAGCCCACAGAUUAACAGGGAAAGUACUGUAAUUUCCCGAGAACCCCCCCGUUCCGUGGGCAAUGGCACACAAGACAGUCCCAUCGCUUUGGACGACAAUGAUCAACCUGAUGCAUACUCGGAAACAAUGAACGCUUCCAGCAAACGAAUGAAGAUGGAAAACGGGGCCAGUGUCAGCAUUUCUACUCUACAGACCUCGAAUGGCACGAAAACGGACCACGAGUCUCAAAAUGGCGAUCUCUCUUCUAAAAAGAGGAAACGAAGCAGUACUGGCGACUUACUUCAUGAAUUCUCGCCUCUUAUGCAAGAGGAGUUUCGCAAGUUACAGCCCCUGGUAGCGAAAGAAAGUUUCAUUCUUAAAAAUAAAUUUCCUCCGGCUCUCCGUGCUCCACUCUCCGAGGUUGCUCUCAAAGCUGUCGAAUUGGAUGAGUAUGGCGAAAAUUUCUUCAAGUAUAUCACAGAGAUAUUUCCUUGGAACAAGUUCACCAUGACAAAACUUGUCAAGAGACUCAUAUACGAUAGGCACGUCAAGAUAAUAAAUCAUCGCAUUGAUGCUCUUUUGGAAGAACUCAAGAUCAUAGUCGAGGAAGGUUUCCUCGCUGCACAGCAAGCGCACAAAGAUGAGGAAUCAGAAAAUGCUCCCGCUGAGGUCGCAGCAAACCAAGAUGAUAUUGGUAGUGCUGCCCCCGCUAAGAGGGAGCGUGACACAGCCCGCCCUGUUCAGAGAUAUCGAUGGACAGACCCUAUCAAAAGUUGUGUAUGGCAGAUGGUGUCCCUUAAUAACACCCUGGCAUCCAUGGCCAACGUGAUGCACGAAUAUGAGCCAGGAAAUCAUCCCCUAGUUAGUGACCAAAGCAUGAGGAAGGCACUUUACCAACGGAUCGUUGGGGUGUUCCCGGAAGGCUGGAUGACUAGUGGACUCAUUUCCCGCGAAACGAGUAACAUGAAGAAGAAGGUUCAGAUGGCCGAACAAGAAGAAGAGGUUUCUGAUUAAUUGAAAGGUUGCCAUCUGAGAAAUUUGGCUGGUCAUAAUUUUUUGGGCAUCUCACCUACAGUGCUUCGUUAACUUUUUCGUUGUUAUUUGGCUCAACUAGCCUUGUAUGGGUGGCAGUGUACCAAAAUCUAUCAUUGAUUCGUUGC